GAGCCGCCGGCAGCGCGGGCGCCCCGGCGGGCGGGCGGCCCCUCGAGCGAGACUGAGGGUGGAUGGAGCCACAAAGGACUUCGGCUGACACGUGCGGCGGGCCGGCUGGCGGCCGCGGCUAGGGCCACCCCCCUCCCCUGCCUCCUCCCCUCCUCGCUAUGCUGCGCGCCCGCCGGGCCCCUCAGCGCGCUCGACGCACGGCGGCGAUGGAGCCGGCCGGGCUCCUGUGAGGCCGCCGCCGGACCCAGCAUGGCCUCGGCGGGGACCCCGGCGCAGCGGCGCCCCGGGGCGGAGCGGCCGGCGGCGGGGGGCCGGGCGGAGGCGCCGCGGUGCCGCAGUCUGCCCGCGCUCGGCUCCCCCCUGGCGGCCGGGGGGGGCGGCGGCGGCGGCCCGGGCCCCGCGGCGGGACCGGCUCCCGAGGCCGAGCGGGGCGGGGGCGCCGCAGCCGUGGCCGGGGCUGCCCAGCCGCCCGGCGCCGGCAGCGGGAGCUUCCCCCGAGGGACGGAGCUUGGCCAGCCCGCGGCGCCCGGCCGAGGGGUGUCCCCGGCCCCCCGGCUGCUGCUGCUGCCGCCGCCGCCGGCGCUGCUGCUGGCGGGCCCCCCGGGCAGAGAGUGCCUGCGGGCAGUGCUGGCGGACUCUCGCUUCUUCCUGGUGUGCAUGUGCUUCCUGACCUUCAUCCAGUCCCUCAUGGUCUCCGGCUACCUGAGCAGCGUCAUCACCACCAUCGAGCGGAGAUACAGCCUCAAGAGCUCGGAGUCGGGGCUGCUAGUCAGCUGCUUCGACAUCGGGAGCCUGGUGGUGGUGGUCUUCAUCAGCUACUUCGGGGGGCGCGGGCGGAGGCCGCUCUGGCUGGCCGUAGGGGGGCUUUUCAUCGCUCUGGGGGCUUCGCUCUUCUCCUUACCUCACUUCAUCUCUCCGCCGUACCAGAUCCAGGAACUGAACUCCUCCGUCAGUAACGAGGGCUUGUGCGUGGCUGGCAAUGGCACCGCCAAAGAGAGUUGGGACUCGCCGGCCUGUUUCAAGGACUCUGGUGGAAAUGACCACUCUCUCUAUGUAGCUUUAUUCAUUUGUGCCCAAAUCCUCAUUGGCAUGGGCUCGACACCCAUCUAUACCUUGGGACCAACCUACUUAGAUGACAAUGUCAAGAAAGAAAACGCCUCGCUUUACCUAGCCAUCAUGUACGUAAUGGGAGCACUCGGACCUGCAGCUGGAUACUUGCUAGGAGGACUUCUUAUUGGUUUCUAUGUCGAUCCUAGGACAACUGUUUAUAUUGAUCAGAGUGAUCCCCGAUUCAUUGGAAACUGGUGGAGUGGAUUUCUCCUUUGUGCCAUUGCAAUGCUCCUUGUGAUAUUUCCCAUGUUUACCUUUCCGAAAAAGCUCCCUCCUCGGCAUAAAAAAAAGAAAAAGAAAAAGAAAAUGAACUCUGAUGAUGUUUCAAGUGAUGAUGAUGUGAUGAAAGAGAAGACAAAUAGCAAAAUACAAGCAGACAGUGCAGUUCCUGCCUCUAUGGGAUUUGGAAAGAAUGUUAAAGAGCUUCCAAGAGCAGCUGUCAGGAUCUUAAGCAACAUGACAUUCCUUUUUGUGAGUUUGUCAUACACAGCUGAGAGUGCCAUUGUCACAGCUUUUAUUACCUUCAUUCCCAAGUUCAUCGAGUCACAGUUUGGCAUCCCAGCUUCCAAUGCCAGCAUCUACACUGGUGUGAUUAUUGUCCCAAGUGCUGGUGUUGGUAUUGUCCUAGGUGGCUACAUUAUAAAAAAACUUAAACUUGGUGCAAGAGAGUCUGCAAAGUUGGCUAUGAUCUGCAGUGGUGUAUCUCUGCUGUGCUUUUCGACACUCUUCAUUGUUGGAUGUGAAAGCAUUAAUUUAGGGGGAAUAAAUAUACCUUACACAACUGGUCCCACUCUUGCCAUGGCCCACAGGAAUCUGACUGGAAGCUGUAAUGUUAACUGCGGAUGUAAGAUUCAUGAGUACGAGCCUGUCUGUGGAUCAGAUGGAAUAACAUAUUUUAAUCCUUGUCUAGCUGGCUGCAUCAGUGGUGGAAACCACAGCACAGGGGUAAGAAAUUACACAGAAUGUGCCUGUGUCCAGAGUCGCCAGGUGAUCACUCCACCCACAGUGGGCCAGCGCAGUCAGCUCCGGCUGGUGAUUGUCAAAACCUACCUGAAUGAGAAUGGCUACGCUGUUUCUGGGAAAUGUGAUAGAACCUGCAACACGCUUAUCCCCUUCCUGAUAUUUCUCUUCAUUGUUACCCUCAUAACAGCAUGUGCCCAGCCAUCAGCAAUUAUAGUGACACUCAGGUCUGUGGAAGAUGGAGAGCGGCCCUUUGCACUAGGAAUGCAGUUUGUUUUAUUACGAACUCUUGCUUACAUUCCCACUCCGAUUUAUUUUGGGGCUGUUAUUGACACCACAUGCAUGCUUUGGCAACAGGAUUGCGGCGUACAAGGAUCUUGCUGGGAAUACGAUGUCACCUCCUUUCGUUUUGUCUACUUUGGGUUGGCAGCUGCUCUCAAGUUCGUGGGAUUCCUUUUUAUUUUCCUGGCCUGGUAUUCCAUUAAGUGUAAAGAAGAACAACAGCAGAGACAGAGAUGGAGGGCUUCACUGGUGAACACUGUGAGUGAGAUGGUUGGACAAGCUGGACCCCAACAAAACUAUGCACGGACUAGAUCCUGCCCUACCUUCAGUUCCCGAGGAGACACCAAUGUGGCACAAGGAAUGAACUGCUUAGAACAGACAUACCCCGGCCCUUUUUCAGAAGCAAUAAAUUCCUCAAAUGAAAAUGUGUUGGAAGAAGUCACUGCUGAGAUAUAGACCCCUGGCUUGGUAAUGUAAUAUUUAAUUUUGUUGGUUGACUUAAUUACGGCGCCUUGUAAAACACCUGUGCCUUCUAUUUUUAAUCUAAAUGUAACGUGAUAAAACCAACAAAGCUUGAUGCAAACAACCAUAAUAUGUUCCUGAGGGCUGGAUACCUCAAACCAAACCAGGUUCUUAUUCCUCCCCUCCCAACAAUGGAGUUUUAAAAAUGGUGUUUGUAAUUAUUUCAGAUGUGUCCAUUAGAUGUCCGUGCUCUGAUCUAAUAUCAUUGUAAAGAUGAGGUGUUAUGAACAGCAGAAGUCAGCGGAAGACUGACAAAAACUCAUAUUGUUGAUGUCUAGACUCACAAGAAUGCUUAAAUGUAUUGUCAACUUCAUAUCCGCAAAUUGUAUUUUUAAGAGAGUAGUUACUGUGAGUUCUGCUAUGAAGCACAACUGAACUUAUUUAAACUAUGCAACUUAUUUGGAUAAUUGUAUGUGCAGCAAAAUAAGUUUAAAGUUUGCUUUUAAAGACAUUACUGCAACCGAAUUUGAAAGGGGCUAUUUUCAAACAUAAUCAUUAAAUUAAAAAAUAACAUGAGGUUUAAAGUACUGUUAAUAUCAUGUCAAGCCAUACAAGAAUUAUGCAUCAGGUAAUGUUUGCAAAUGUUGAGUUGUAACAUCUUUUUCCUGUCAAAAUGUGCAUUAAUUUUCGUUUGAUGGGAUGUAGUCAUUCUUCACAAAGUACACAGGCUAGGAAACUGUAAUGCUUGAAGUAAAAAACUUCAGUAUUAAUUUAUAGUAACAUUAAGAUGUAGGAAUCAUACACACAUACCAGAGUGGAUAUGUGCAUGUUUCUGUAAUGUUAUUUGGGUGGCCGUUACUAGCACCAAAUCCAUACUUUCCUGAAGAAAAAACCAACCAGUUGUAGCUUGAUAGGAAGAGUUAGGCUGUCCUUCAGAAUUUUGUGUAUAAUUCAGCUUCAGUGGAAAAGUCCUGAGGGGGAGCUAAUGGCCUUGUCUCUUGUCUGGGUGGCAGUCUGGGACCUGACAGGUCCCUUGCAGCCAGCAGUGGCACACAGUUCAGGCUGGUGCUGUUUGCACUUGCUGCAGGAGUGAGUAGAGAAACCCUUCAAGAGAGCUGAGAGCACCACCCACCGUGGUGCUGGGUACGAGGCUCUCCCUCCUCUCCUGGCACCACUGGGGCACUGUGCACCCUGCCAUCCAGGACAGCUGGGGAGGGGGUUCCGGCUCAGACCCUCUCAUUUCUGCCACACUUCUGCCUCUGCAGCUGCCCGGUGCUGGGCAGGCUGGUUGCACAGGCCUGGAGGUCCUGGUUUUGUGGUUUGUCCCACAUGUGGCUGCCUUUCCUUUUCUCAACUUCAUUGAGAGCUUCUGGGAAGGCAAAGUUUAGCUCUCCUUUGGCCUUCCAGGAGAAGAGCUAAGAAUAGAAAUUAUCAGCAGGUGUGGACUCACAAGAACUGCUGUGGCCUUUGGCUAUUCCAAAUUACUGUAGCAUGUUUUCUCCCUGAGAGACGCUGAGACUUUCUAAUCAAAUGUGCUUGGCAUUUCAUUUCUUGUUCUGAAGGCUUUGUAGUACCAUGCUUAUGAUGUACUAAUGAUGUCUCAAAGGGCAGAGAAUGAUUUCAGGUGGACAAUAGGAAGUCAAAGCUGUAUUGUACCCUGUAGGGGAAGUCUUAGAAAUGUAGGAAAUUAAAAGCAAUCUUUACAGAUGAAUCGGUGAUAGUCAGGUUUGGAUUUUGCCAUGUAGAGAGCUUGUGUGAAAAUAAAUAGAGCAUAAUUUCUACAUAUUUUUGAACAGAGUUAUUCCUGAUUUAAGUUUUCAAUUUAUAAUAUGUAAAUUGAUCAAACAUUGUAUGGAACCAAGUCCUUGAAAUUAAAGGCAGUACUCUCCUUGGCAUCCACAGAGUUGUCCUGGGAAGAGUAGGUUUCCCCUUCCACCUUUGCUGACUGCCUUUUGUCAUCUCCUGGUUCUUCUUGAGCAGCACAUAAGACUACCCACAGGGCUGCUUGCCCUGCUUGAAAUGGUGGCUGCUUAUUUCAGAAUGUCUUAGUCCAUUUAUGUAGUUUGUAACAAUUCUCACUCUUUCUGUAGGCAAACUCAGAUUUUUCUACCCUGAAUUACAACAUAGAGGAAUAUUGUUUUUAUAAUUUCCUACUAUUCUGUCCAUAUUAACAGGUUUUUGGGGUGAAGCCUGAAAAUGUUUUUGUCUCUUAUGCAGCCACCAGGUAUGCGUCCUCAGUCAGCACAUGCCACCUGAGAUGUUGGCUUUCUACACUUCUUAUCCCGAGAAAUAAAUUUCCUUGGUUCAAAGGUGUUGGGUAUAAUUUUCUUUUUUUGCUAUAGGAGAUCAGAAUAGAUGAUAUAAAUGUUUCCUUCUGCUCCAGUCUCAAAUGCUUGUUGCACCAGGAAUUUCCUGCCAUGACAAAAUUUGAGGCAAAGUAGUGGGACGAAGUGUAAUUGCAGCCCAUCACCCAUCCAUUUUAAUCACUUCCCCAUUUUAAUGAUCAUAGGGUGAGGUGAGGAGUGACAAUCUUUUCAAAUACCUCAGAAACAGAGCAUUUAGGGAAUUGUAAAAGACUAGAAAUGAAUCAUUUAUCCUGAUCUUUUCUAUUUCAUGCCUUGUGUGUGCGCUUCUGUUCCAUGAAUAACAAGAGAGAGCAGAUUAGGAUUGUCAGGAACUAACGGCAUUGAUGCCAAAGAAUGAGAGAAGUGACACAUCUGCAGCUGCUGCUUCUGAGUUUAUUUCAAGGGAAUUCAGAGCUUGUUGGGAUGGAGACCACUGAUUUUUUUAGGAAAUCCUGACCCUUUAACUUCUAAAAAGAUUCAUAUUUUGAAAUGUCUGAGAAACUGGAAUUUUUUACUUUUUCUUUGAAAAUUAUAUGCAAAACAAAAUUCUUUACUUUUCAAAAAAUUUGUUACUAUUUUUGGAUAUAGAUAAUUUUGACAAUUCGAAUAAAUUUCUACAAAAUCACUUAAUUAAAUUGGCAUCCUCUGAAAGAAAGAAAACCCAAACUGUGGCCAGUUUUUGAUUCAUUCCUGAAGGAGGGUUUAUUUGUGAGUAAGCUAUAACAGUCUAAACUAACCCAAUAAAGGCAUGUAGGGGAAACACAUUAACUUCCUAGAGAAGUCAAUUCCAACAUUGUAAUUGACUGAAAUAUGGACUGAGACCUGCUGAACAAACACUAUUUUCUGAGGUUGUCAUUGCUGAAGGAAGCAGAAUUGCCAGAGAAGUUGAGUGCCUCCCUAGCAGCAGUCAUGAUCAACAUGUGGUGCUAAACCAACUUCACAGUAACUAAAAAAGAACUUUGCCUGUCAUCCAGUGAAGGGGCCCAUGCUGUCUUCCCACUGUGAAAUCCUCUCACCAUAGAAUAUAAAAUUCCAUUAAUUUCCACCACCUUCCCUCUCUACCCCAAAAUACAUAAGGUUUGGUAGCAGUGAGUACAAAAAAAGGUAAAGCAGGUGUCCUGUUCACCCACAGGCUGCUGUUGGUAGCAAACCCAAGUCACCUACCUGCACUUAACCAGCCAGUGGUAAUAUGGAACAACAAUGUCUGGUGAUCUACUACAAGUCCACAAAGUGCCAUCAUGCCCUCACAGGAACAGACUUAAUUCCCUUUUACCCCACUUAUUCCUGAUUUAGAGUGAGGAACAUGAGAGGAGAAGUAGCCCAAAUAUAUGGACUUGACUGAACAGAUAAUCGUCCCUGCAUAGCCUCCCAUUCAUCCUUGUUUCCUCAAAAAGGAGAAAACUUCAGAAUGGUAAAUGUGUAGUCAUGGCCUUGGGUGCUCAAGAGUGCAGCACCCUCCAGAGAUGGUUCCUAGAUCUUUCUGGGUCUGGAAUAAUCUGGAGAGUGGGACUCUUUCUCCCGUUUUAGGCAAAAGUGCUGUGGUUUUGGUUCCCCUUCUUCUCCAUGAGCAUAGUGGAUGUAAUAGGAUAUAAUUUGGAACUGGUGACAUUUUAUAUCCUUUCAGUACAGUGUGAGCAGCUGCAAGAAACGUUGAAUAUUAUGGUGCAAUUUAUAUUUAUUUGGAAACUUUUAGUUCUUUGGACAGCCUAUGUAUUUUUAAAAGUAUGUGUAGUAACAUGCAGUUUCUCAGAACUUGCUGUUAUGUAAGCAGAGUAGGGGCACAGAUCUCCUACUAGGUAUUGGAAAUGUAAGUUUGAGAGGCCCUAAACUAGUUACAAACACUUGAGUAUACUGUUUUCAAAAAUACGUUUGUUUGGGUUUUUUUAUUAACCACUAAUUCAUUAUGGCUCUGAUCCAGCAGAACACUUUAAUAUGUAUGUAAAUUUAUAUACUUAAGUAAUGCACUUAAAAAUGAUGUAUGUAUGUAAGUAUGGGACUGAGUCCCAUCUGCAUUAAAAAAGGAAUUCCAUUACCCAAAGAGUAUUUUCCAUGAUGAGCUUUUUCCCCAUGGAUUUAGUGAUAAUUGUAACCAGAACAGCACAAAGUAGCACUUGAGUACUCUCCUGUGGCAUUCACGUGUGGCUACUUAUAUAUCUGGCAAUGGAGGAAAGUUUUCAUUUUCAAGUAGAAUUCAAAUUAAAAAUAUUUUGUGGACAUACUCCAAGAUACAUUCCAGUUCUUCCAGCCAUUCACUUAUUUUAUGAAUAUCCGGCUGAAAACCUGUGUGUUACAUGGGGAGACAGAUUAAAUAAGGGCAUCUUUCUGACCUUAGAGCCAAUGAAAUUUCUCAAGUGAUGCUGUAAGUUUGAAUUGUGCCCUUUCACAGAAUUUGGACCUAGAGGUUGAGGUGACAGAUUUUCAAUAUCCCGCACAAGUGGAGCAGAGCACUGCCUGCUCAGUGUAACUCCAGAGAGCAUGUCUGGGAGAGGGGUCAACACCUGCUGUACUGUUCUUUUGGGGUUUUGCCCCAAAAGGCCUGAAUAAUUGCUGCCUUACUACACUUCCUGUGUGUGUAAUACCACAGCUCUUCAUGGUGUUCUAUUGACAUAAAACUGAAGAUAAAUAAAUAGGUCCAAAGUGUCUUACUGCUAUUUUGGAGCCAGAUUCUCAGCCUCAUCAGUCCAAUGUUGAGGCUGAAAAACUGGGCCAUACUUUCAGUUGGAAUUUAACAAGUUGGAGCUUUAGCAAGUGCUUGUUUAGCUUUUAUACUCUAUUCACUGGUUGCUACUAAUAUUUUCAGAGAUCAAAUACAAAAAACUUCCUAAAUAAGUUUAUCCUUUUCUGUUUUCUCAAUAAUGUGUCUUUUAUAAUGGCAUAGGAGAUGCAAUGCUGCAUUGCUUCAGUAUCUGGGUUCCCCCAGCUGAAUCCAUCCAGCUGUGGUUGCUUUCCAAGGGCUUAAAAUACCUGGUAACAGAGAUUUACCUGGACUGCAAUCUGAAUCACAGUUGCUUUGGGCAGAGUGUUUGCCCCUUGUAGAUUAAACCUGUAUCAACACAUUUCAGGUUCUUCACAUACUGGACUUGAUUUUAUGGACACUUUUAUGACUUUAAAGUGCUUAGAAGAUGGGCAGUCAAUAUAAUGGUGGUAGACUUGUUCUUUGGUAGAGAAUUAGGGCUUUCUUUUUUCUUCUUUUACCAUCUCGUUUUACAAAUAGCAAUUCAAAAAGGUUACAUGUAAACAUUGUCACAGAGUUACCCAUAUCCUGCAGCCAUAUCCAUUACAUUAAACUACAGUUAAUGCCUGCGGUUUUUAGCAGUCGCCCCUCCAGUCCUUAAGGCAUGCUUUUUCUUUUCUAUUAUUACUGCCUUUUAAACACAGAGGUAGCUCUACAAUUUCAAAGUAGCUCCAAAGUUUUCUUGACUUCAAGUGGUACAAAAUAGAUGCUUAUUUAUCUGGGUUCCAUUCUACUGUUCUAAUUAUUGCAUUACCCGUUGUGUAUACUAUAUUCUCUUAGUUUUUCAAUCUCAAACCAGUUGUCACAAUGUUAUUCUGUAACAAUGUUUUGUUUGUUAUAUAGAAUAGGUGAAAAGCUGUGGAAUUCAUGAAGGGCUACAAAAAGCAUCCAAAACAUUGUUCACCUUGAGAAGGGUAAAGACAGCUUGAUAAUCUUUGGACAAAUGACUAAACAACACUGUGGUGCUAAUAGGUACUGAAGUAUUUUAUGAUGUAUUCACUAUGACUUAAAUGACAUGUUCAAGGCAUGUCAGUGAUGCAACUGCAUGUGUUUUUGUUCUUAAAGUCUGGACUAUUCCAGCAAAGACAGUGUUUGUAAUUCCUGGUGGGCCAAUUCCUACCUAGCUCUUCUGUGGGAGAGUAAUUUCAGGAGGCAGUGUAGGAUUUGGCCCAGCACUAAUAACUAAGGUAAAAGCUAUAUAGGCCACAGAAAUCUAUGUAGAAUGUAUUCAUCCUGCUGUAGCAUAUUACUGUAUUUAGUUGCUUUGCUUAAGCAAAGGCUAAAUAUAAAUUCUAUAGUAAUGGCAAGAAACACUAGGCUAAAUUCUGGCACCCCUUAACCAAACAAUGUUAGUAAGGGUUUGAAUUAAAAUGAGGAUUCAGAUCUGAAAUAUGAAUGUUCUUUCAUGGAAUACCAGAAAGGAGGGAUAGAAUAAGAGUAAAUUCUAUCUCUAGCAAUGGGAAAAGGCCAAAUCUGGUUGACUAUAAGGUGAGCUACGAUUUAAAACAGACGGUUUGGGGCUUAAAAUCUUGAACACAAAAUUUUUUCCCUCCCAUUUUGAAUUGCAAUUAUUUUGUGUUAUUGUGCCUGGACUACUCAUGCAGAAGGACGUAUCUGUAUCCUAAAUAGCACUAAGAGCACUAAUAGCACUAAUUACACUUCUGGCUGACAAGCCAGAAAUUUUACCUCUGUAACAAACUCUGUAUUUGAAAUUGUGGAGGGAAGUUUCAAAAUAAAACAAACAAACAAGAAGUACAAAAUGAUCCAGAGCUGAGUUUCAAUAAAAAAAAAGAAGAAAAUAAUUUUGUGUCAGUGAGAUCCAUGGUUAAGUGAAGGCUUUCCUCAAAAGAAGGAAGACCUGUCCUUUUCCCCAGUUGAGCACAUGGGAGUUUUGCCCUUGGCUGCAGUGCAUACCUCUACCAAAUGACUUAUGCAGAAGAGCAACAGUCUGGGUAGUAUCUUAAGAGCAUGGAGUGGGCACACUGCCUGUAACUGGUUAGUUUUUAAAAAACUCAUUAUUAAGCAAAUGUGUAGAGUAUUAGGGAAAUUUGUAGGGUAUGUCUGACCGUAUGAGUGUGUGUGUGCUGUGCUGUGGUAAAAAGAGAAUAAUUGGUUUAUGCUGGUUUUUUUGCAUACUUUAAGCUUCUGUAUGGUUUGGGGUUUUUUUAAUUGAUAUUUAUUUCUCAGCAGAGCUUAGAAUAAUUUUGUAGCUGUAUAACCCAUGACUUAAUGAAAUCUACUGUCAGCAUCUGUUGUAAACAUGUGUUUACAAAACAAACUCUUGAAUACUUGAUAUUUGGAAAUAAAAAAUAGCAUAUCAUGUGUGUUUUAUUUCAAACAAAAAAAAAGAAGGCAAGAAAAAAAUGUACAUAGGUAACUGUGUAAUCACUGUGGAUGAAGUGAUGAAGUAUUUGGUCUUUUAGUACAUUGUCAGACAAAAAAUCUUUCCACUGAAUUCAUGACCACCAAGUCACAACUAAGCAUUGAUUGUGCUGAAUUAAAUUGUAAAAUUCCACCAUUUUG